CCAGCUAAGCGCGCACGCAGCCAUCUCGAGAGGGAAGAAAGGGGCGCCGCGGCCUGGCCGGCCGCAAGUGGAAAGCAGGGAGAGGGACAGAGCAGCGCAGCCGCAGCCGCAGCCGCGGCGUGAGUAGUAAUUCGCCUAAUCUCUGCCCCCGGCCAAUUGAUCCCCCAAUCGCGUGAUUUACUUGCUUUACUAAUCACGCUUAGCGAUUUAGCCUCCUCCUCCUCUUCCUUCAUCGCUCCCUCUCUCCCCCCUCGGCCUCUGUCUCUGAAUCCGCCACACCCGAGGCGGGCGGCGCUGCGGCUCCCGAGGCGCCGCCGGGUGGAGCGGCACGGCGCCGGAUCUGCGGCGGCGAUGGAGGCGUGAUUCGAGGUGAGGUGGUGGUUUUCCCGGGGGAAGGAAAUGGCGGCGGCGGAUGAGGCCCGGGGAGGGGAGUUCCCCGUGGGGAUGAAGGUGCUGGUGGUGGACGACGACCCGACGUGCCUCCUCGUUCUCAAGAGGAUGCUCCUCGACUGCCGCUACGACGUGACAACUUGUCCUCAGGCUACAAGAGCAUUGACUAUGCUGCGAGAGAAUAGGCGUGGUUUUGAUGUUAUAAUAAGCGAUGUUCACAUGCCUGAUAUGGAUGGAUUUAGGUUACUUGAACUUGUUGGCCUUGAGAUGGACCUUCCAGUUAUUAUGAUGUCUGCUGAUUCAAGGACAGAUAUUGUAAUGAAAGGAAUAAAACAUGGAGCAUGUGAUUAUUUAAUAAAGCCCGUCAGAAUGGAGGAGUUGAAAAACAUCUGGCAACAUGUUGUAAGGAAAAAGUGGAGUGAAAACAAGGAGCAUGAGCAUUCAGGUAGCCUAGAUGAUAUGGAUCGUAACAGACCAAUCAAUACUGAUAAUGAAUACGCUUCCUCUGCAAAUGAUGGAGGUGAUGGUAACUGUAAAUCUCAGAAAAAGAAACGAGAUAAAGAAGAGGAUGAAGGUGAUCUGGAAAAUGAUGAUCUUUCUUCUACAUCAAAGAAACCAAGAGUUGUUUGGUCAGUUGAGCUCCAUCAACAAUUUGUAAAUGCUGUUAAUCACCUUGGGAUAGACAAAGCUGUUCCCAAGAAAAUUUUGGAGCUGAUGAAUGUCCCUGGCUUAACCAGGGAAAACGUUGCCAGCCAUUUGCAGAAAUUCAGACUGUAUCUGAAGAGAAUAGCUCAGCAUCAUGCAGGGAUACCUCAUCCAUUUGUUCCUUCUGCUUCUAGUGCUAAAGUUGCCCCGUUAGGAGGACUUGAAUUCCAAGCUUUGGCUGCUUCAGGUCAGAUCCCUCCUCAGGCUCUGGCUGCUUUGCAGGACGAGCUCCUAGGUCGACCUACAAGCAGUUUGGUGUUGCCCGGAAGGGACCAGUCAUCUUUACGAUUUGCUGCGGUCAAAGGAAACAAGCCCCAUGGAGAGAGAGAAAUAGCAUUUGGUCAACCCAUAUACAAAUGUCAGAACAAUGCAUAUGGGGCAUUCCCUCAAAGCAGCCCGGCAGUUGGAGGAAUGCCAUCUUUUGCAGCUUGGCCCAGUAAUAACAAACUUGGCAUGACAGAUUCAGCCAACGCUUUGGGAAAUAUGAACAAUUCGCAGAAUAGCAGUAUGCUAUUUCAUGAAUUGCAACAACAGCCAGAUACCUUUCUGUCAGGAACCCUUCACAGUAUUGAUGUUAAACCUUCUGGUAUAGUUAUGCCCUCUCAGUCACUAAGUACAUUCCCAGCUGGCGACGGUCUCUCUCCUAGUCAAAAUCCCUUGGUUAUGCCUUCUCAAUCGUCAAGUUUUCUGGCAGCCAUUCCUCCAUCCAUGAAGCAUGAACCUCUUCUGACAACUUCUCAACCAUCAAGCAGUCUGUUAGGUGGGAUCGAUCUUGUUAAUCAAGCUUCAACAAGUCAGCCUUUUAUUAGUACCCAUGGAGGGAAUCUCCCUGGUCUUAUGAAUCGUGGCUCAAAUGCGACGCCUUUACAAGGAAUUAGUAAUUUUCAGAGUGGGAAUAAUCCAUAUGUGGUUAAUCAGAAUGCUGUGGGAGUUAGCUCUAAACCACCAGGUGUUCUUAAGACUGAGAGCAAUGACUCGUUGAGGCAUAGUUAUGGCUAUAUGGAUGGUAGCACCAGUAUGGACUCCGGCUUACUCUCUUCUCAGUCAAAAAAUGCACAGUUUGGUUUAAUGCAGAGUCCAGAUGAUGUCAAUGGUAGCUGGUCACCAUUUCAAAAUGUUGAUAGUUAUGGAAAUACUCUUGGGCCAGGCCUCCCUGGUUCCACUUCAUCUAACCUCCAAAGUUCCAGUGUGGCCCUGGGGAAAUUGCCUGAUCAAGGGCGAGGGAGGAAUCAUGGGUUUGUCGGGAAAGGUACUUGCAUUCCAAGCCGCUUUGCAGUGGAUGAGAUUGAAUCUCCAACUAACAACUUGAGCCAUAGCAUUGGAAGCAGUGGAGAUAUAGUGAACCAAGACAUUUUCGGAUUUACUGGACAGAUGUGAAAGCUUCUUGAAUUUGUAAGUAGGGUUGAUCAGUGAGCACUGGAAACAAAUUUAGUGGUUUGAUGAAUGGUUGCUCGUAUUUCCAUUUCGUCUUUCUCCUCUGUAAUUGGUUUAUAAAGGGAAUAAUUUAUGUGACAGCAUGUGGAAUCCUGCUUUAUAGAAGUUUGUUCAGUUUAAAGAACUUAAAUUAUUA